CCAGUCUUGCUUCAGUUUCGAUCGAACUUCCCCCUCCUCCUGACAAGUUCAUCGCCGUCUAUAUCUCGUGCUCUAUCCAGUUCACCGUUAGUUACGUCGAUAGCAUUGGCCACCAAGCCCACGGCAUCGCUUGGCGCCAGAGCCUGCUGCCAUCCUCACGCCACGCCGUGGAAACCCAAGCAGCUGCUAUAUAUCUAUUCUUGGGCCUUCUCGAGGUUUCUGGCCGUUUCAUGGAUCAUGACCUCCGUGCGAUGCUCCGAUGCGGCUCUUUCGUGGGCAUAACCCACGGACCGCCCGGGUCUCGUCCAGGCUAAAAAGCCUGCCUUGCCUUGCCCUCACGCAAGCCGUGUGAGAACUUCCCCCAGCGUUCAGCGUUUCAUUCCCCAACGUCCAUCACAAUGAAGUCUGCCCUCUUCGCCACCGCGCUCUUCGUCGUCGCCGCCUCUGCUCAGUUCCAGGUCAACACCCCCGCGAAUGUCGUCGAAUGCCAGCCCCUUCAGAUUGUCUGGAACGGCGGUAGUGGCAGCACCUUCCUCCACAUGCUGACAUACGUCACACACGUCAUCCACAUCCGUCCUCAGAGCGUUCUCCCCGGAAGUGACCCCACCGGGACGGCCAUCAUCGACUUUGGCCAGCAGACCUCGCCCUUCACCUGGCCUGCCGUGAACGUCACUGCCGGCACUUCGCUCGGUCUCACCGUCCGUGAUUCCACCGGUGCGCUCGCCCAGAGUGCGGCCUUCACCGUCAACGGCGGAAGUGACACGAGCUGCUUGACCGGCGGCGGCUCUUCUUCCUCCGCCUCGGCCGCCUCUAGCGCCUCUGGUUCCAGCUCCAGUUCGUCGGCAGCUUCUUCCCUCUCCGCUUCUUCCGCUUCCGCUUCCACCUCCUCUUCCGCCGCCGCCAGCUCGUCCUCAUCAGCUUCCUCUGCAUCUUCAGCCGCCACCGGUGCGUCUACCACCGCCUCCAGGACGACUGGCGCAUCUAGCAGCUCUGGCUCGUCUACCGCGACGUCGGCCGCUUCGAGCUCCUCGAGCGGUAGCAGUUCUGCUGCAGGCCCGACUUUGGCGGCUCAGUACGGUGCCGCUGGGGUCUUUGGGGCUCUUGCUGCUGCUGUUCUGCUCUAAACCCAAAUUCUGAGAGAGGGGGGUGACCUCUAAAUUCUGAGAGGGGAUGACCUCUAUAUUCUGAGAGGGGGAUGACCUCUAUAUUCUGAGAGAUGAGGUCGGAGAAAAUGUGUCGCGUGGGGGCGUGAUACGAUACAGGCGGCGGUUUGUGGUUGUGGUUGUGGUUUUGUUGCUGUUUGUUUUGUGUGAGCUUGUGCUUGUGCUUGUGUUUCUGGUUCGGGACAACAGCCUGCGCGCGAGAUCGGGUGGAUGGAUGGAGCUCGAGCGUUGAACCUCGGUCACUUUAUUCAUGGCUCGAGUUUCUUUCUCUGAAGUCAUGCCGUGGGACAUUCUGCUUUUUCUCUUUUCCUGCCGUCACCCUUACAUACAUACAUAUACCUUUUGAUUUUGUGUACGCUUUUUCAUUGGCUUUGUUUUUAACUUUUCGGAGACUUUAUGUUCGUAUCGUUUCGUUUCGUAAUACGUGACCUACCUUCUCCGGUGUUCCUCUAAGUCUAGAGCGUCGGGAUGGGAUGGACUUCUUUUCGGCUUUUUGACUUCGUGUCCUGUUUCCUGUCCUGUGCUUUGAAUGUCGGUUGCUGUUGAAUCUUUUUGUUUGUUUGUUUGUAGUGUUCUGCCUUUCUGUCUGAUUUUUGUCCCAGCCAUAUCAACAUCAUGACUCCGAGUCUUCCCCCGCU